GAGGAAAGGAGGAGGGGAGGAGGGGAGGAGAGAAGAGAAGAGAAGCGCACUACCGGGUCUACGUUUGUGCGGAAGAACGCUGGACAACAAACUUGAACGUCAGCAGGAUUAUCCCAACAAGGAUUUGUUUGAUACUCUCACACUGACGACCUUAUGGAGGAGGAGGAGGCCCCCGUAGAUGGCGAGAUGGCCCCCUUUGCUGCAGAGACCUAUGCCGCUCAGGCCAUGGCUGCAGACAUGGACCCCUGGAUUGUGUUUGACUCGAGGAGAACUCCCAGAUCCGAGUUUGAUGGCUGGCUGGAGAGCAACAGGCCUUCACAAGUGUACAGAUAUGGUGACGAGGAGGGUGGUGUGAGCCCUGUGGGGUGGAUUGCUGUGCGGGGCCCGACACACUGCCCCAGCUGUGGGGAUGUCACGGGUCUCCAGGAGAGCUGGGAGAAACUUUUGGCCAGUGGCCGGCCUGUCAACUUCCAGACAGUGAGGGAACUGGCUCUGAACCACGGAGUGCUCACGGGCAAGUGGCUGAUGCACUUGGACUCUGGUUUCAAGUUGGACAAUGCGUGGGAGUGUGUGGCCAGAGCAGUCCUGGACGGGAAGGUUUCCUCAGCUAAGGUCAGUACCUAUGACCCCAAGGGAGAGGGCAAGCAGGUCAUUUGUGCCUACAACCAGAACUUCACCGACGAGAGUGAGAUUAUGAGGCUGGACUCCAUCAUCCGUGCCACAGGGGUCAAGUGCCCUCUUGCCUACAAGCCAGACGUGUACACAUACCUGGGAAUCUACCGAAACAACCGCUGGAAGCUUUGUCCAACCAUAUACGAGAGCAAAUUUAACCUGGAGUGUGUACCCAGGCGUUCCCACAUCAUCAACAAAGUCACCAAUCUUGAAGUAACAUAAGCCUGUGAUUAAGGGGACAGUUUGAUGAGGAGGCACUUAUUUCAGUGAUCCCAUCUGCGUUUCACUGACUGAAAUAUCUCAAGUUCUUCCUUUUGGCAAAAAAGCACUAAAUCUCAUUUCAGUCUCGUCUUCUCAUGCUGUUUCGAAGUGACUUGAAAUAUUGUCACACUUUUUUUUUUGGAAUUGAAUCUAUUGUAUUCAUCAUCAGUAAGACUAUUUUGUACGUAUUCUUGAGAUUCUGUGUGUAACUCACUAACACUUACCUGACUGACAGGGUGGCUGGAGAAAUCCUUAAUUUGUAUGCACACGUUCAGAGGAAAACUUGCAUCCAAUGAAGCAUUUCUUUUUUACAACAUACAUUUGUCUAAUUUAUUCUUUCCUUUGUACUAAACAACAAUGAGAGUUGCCAAAUAAAGUCUACUUUUGAAGACCA